CCGUUUUUUUUUUUGGGGGGGUGAGGGAGGAGCGCCCAGAUGACGGACCGCCGGAUUCCUGCGCUGCUCGCCGGGCUGCAGGACGCGAUCAUGGGGAGCACUCUGGUCAAGUGUGCCGUGACUGACCUGGGCAUCCAGUGGGCCGGCUGGGCCGUGGCCGCAGCAUUCAAAACCGAGAAGUUUUAUGAUUUAGCAGGAUCGGGCACAUUUAUACUACUGGCCCACCUGAGUCGUAUCUGGGGAGGAGCCGGUCACGUCCGUCAGAAGGUGCAGACUGGCCUGGUGACAGCAUGGGGACUCAGGCUGGGGACAUUCCUCUUCAUGCGGAUCUUGAAGGACGGUCAUGAUCGCAGAUUCAACAAUGUCAGAGACAGCCCAGGGACUUUCUUAGUAUAUUGGACCAUUCAAGCUGUGUGGGUAUUUAUGACCCUCCUCCCGACCCUCAUGCUGAACAGCGAGAGGCGGGACGUGCCUUUGGGAACGAGGGACUAUAUUGGUUGGACUGUUUGGGGCAUUGGCUUCGCUGCCGAGGCUAUUGCUGACCAGCAGAAAUGGCUUUUCAAGCGUGACCCGGAUAAUGCUGGGAAGUUCAUCCAGAGCGGACUCUGGGCCUACAGCAGACAUCCUAACUAUUUCGGAGAGAUCCUGCAGUGGUCGGGCCUGUGGCUCUCGGCGUCAUCAGUGAUGCAGGGUGCCCAGUACCUGAGUGUGGCGUCACCUCUCUUUGUUUGGUUCCUGCUACGGUUCGUCAGCGGUAUUCCCAUCCUGGAGAAGCAGGCCAUGAAGAAGUGGGGCUCGGACCCGGCCUUCCAGAACUACGUCCAGACCACUCCUCUUCUCUGGCCAUGGCCUAAAUUUUGACGUUGAUGAACAUUUUCUCAACAAUAGUUUCCUCACACUAAGGUGCACACAGUCGAGUCAUUACAUUUUCUGAAGAGAACUAAGAAUGUUUUGAAUUGAAUGUAUUAUUGGAAGUAAACUUUCGCUGUCACUUUGUAGCUAUGCUGUAAAAUAAAUUUGUUUGC